UCACUACAACCGGCCGCAUUCGCUUCACAGGCUUUGCCCGCCGAAGACUGCAACUCAGCAAACCCAGAACAAACAACGUGUUACCCGCCAACUAAAUCCACUCCAACCUCAAACGCACACACACACACACACAGCCAUGGCCCAGACUAUUCAGAUGACCAACGAGCAGCUCCGCGAGCUGAUCGAGGCUGUGCGGGCAUCUGCCGUAAGCGCUGCCGGAACCGCAGCAGCCGCCGCCGGAGGAGCCGAUGGCCCCAACUCGAAGACCAAGGGCAGCUUCUCGGCGUGCACACACCGCUUCGGCGGCACCCGCAGCUACGACGAGGUGGAGGAGUUCAUCACCAACAUUGUGACCUACAAGGAGCUGGAGAACAUCAGCGAUGAGAACGCCCUCAAGGGGCUCUCACUGCUCUUCUACGGCCUGGCCUCCACCUGGUGGCAGGGCGUCCGCAAGGAGGCCACCACCUGGAACGACGCCAUCGCCCUCAUCAGGGAGCAUUUCUCGCCCACCAAGCCCGCCUACCAGGUCUACAUGGAGUUCUUCGAGAAGAAGCAGGAGGACUUUGAUCCCAUCGACACAUUUGUGGUCCACAAGCGCGCCCUACUGGCCCAGCUGCCCAACGGCCGUCACGACGAGGAGACGGAACUGGACCUGGCCUACGGCCUGCUGAACAUCAAGUACCGCAAGCACAUCUCCCGCCAGAGCGUCGCCACCUUCAAGGAUCUGCUCGAACAGGGCAGGAUCAUUGAGCACAACAACCAGGAGGAUGAGGAUCUGGCGGCCAACUCGAAGAACGCCCGCGGCUCCCGACGCACCACCCGCUGCACCUACUGCAACUUCCGGGGUCACACCUUCGAGAACUGCCGCAAGCGGACUCGGGAGCAAGCCGAGAACGACGAUUAAGUGGCCAUACACACACCCCACCAAAGCGGAGAGAAGAGUUGUGGCCUUCUCUUCGUCAUUAUCAUAGAACUUUUCGCAGCCACGCUGGCCGAUCAACGCCAGAGAGAGCCCAACAUCCGGAGGGAGUGGGAGCGGGAGCAGCAACAUGUACGACGCCAACAUCUGCAGCAGCAACAACAGCAGCAACAUGUUCGACAGCGACAACCGCAGCUGAUACAAACCACCCGCAAACGCACCUUCUACUUACUCACUGGCAACUGGCGCGCCGGUAAGCCUCGACUAGCUUCUGCCACCCACAAAUCCACGCAGCUUCCACUACUACUCAACCUAUUUUGGAAGCGGCUCCAUCAUCACACAACGCCACGCCGCCCUGCGGCUGACUUGGCACAGAACGCCAACUACCAGCCAGCAAUUAUUUUAAUUGCACCAUUGAUUUUGAACUAUUUGAACAAGCAAUGCAACCGAGAAUGUCAGGCGGGGGGCGGCUGAGGAUCAGGCAUUUCGUCCAGAAAUUCGGGGACUCUCAAUCUUUGACAUCGAAAUUCGUGGGCCCAUAGGUGAGGUUUGUUGCUCGAGGCGAAAGCUUCGGGUGAUUAAAUCGCACACUGCCUGCGGAUUUCAUGUUCUUUGAUUGAGUCCCCCGGAUGGAUGUUGUCUGAUCUUCAGUCGCCCCCCUACCCUUGACCAUUCUCACAACCGCCGCCUCCACCUUGUGCCGUUCAGCGGAAGAUCAACGAUUGGAUGCCAGGAGCAGUGAUCACUAUAUAAUCAACAGUGUAGGGAUUAACUUCUUCGGUGACCGUUUUCGGUGCAUUUUUCGCCUGAUUCGGGUCCUUUGUGAAGGUGGCAAAAAACCCCCCGCCUGACGACCGCCUGCUUAGAUCCUUUUGUACGUGACAUCGACAGCCUCGCGGAGUGGUGGCCCCCGGUUUCCGGUUGGAGCUUCGGCCCUUCCGGUUCCGGGAGCAGCUGCCUCGCGCGGUGUCUCUGGUGCGAGUGGAGCUACAGUGGGCGUGAUUCGGGCAAAAACCUAAAUUUCCUCGGAAAUUUAAAAACCAAACAAUUCAAUUUUGACCUUUGUCAAAAUACAUCUGGAACACAUCGCACUACGAUGGCUCCCGAUUCGCCAUUCGUGCGGUUGGCACGUCAAAAUUGUCACCCAAUGGAUUACGGGUGUAGGGCUGUAUAUCAUUUCACCCCUGCGAUCCUGUGACAAGCGUGAGGCACGCCAGCAAACCUCCACGUCGCGCCCCAAGGCGUGGCCACCCGGGGUUGAGACUCGUCACUGUCGCGCCCCUCCAGCCGUCACCGACUCUCUCCGCCCCCCACAUGCAAUCCGGCCUCCUUGCGCAGAUGACAUAGGCGCGUUAAGCCAUCCGACCCGGGCACUCGAAUACCGGACAAUGGUGACCAGGCUUGUGAAGUGCGCCGUCAACAGGAGAUUCGGCCACAGGCACAGCAUGAGCUUCGCCCGCACUCCCCACGCCCCGAAACCAACUGUGGGGGCCUAUUAAUGACCGCAAGAGGCUGCGAGAAAGCAGAAAGCAAUUAAACAAGAAAGACUGAACUCAGAAAACCAUUAAACAUCAACUCAAAACCACAAAAA